AUGAGCGCAACAAUAACAACCGCGGAAACAACCGCUGCGCGGACAACCGGCCGCCAGACAGCAACAGCAACAACGACUGUAACCAAGCCAGUGGUCGCCUAUUGGCUGUACUUUAAUGCGGGCCUUGUGUACGCUAUUGUUGUCGUCGGAGGAUUGACUCGACUCACAGAAAGUGGUCUAUCAAUCACCGAGUGGAACGUGAUUUCUGGUAUGAAGCCGCCACGUUCUGAACAAGAAUGGCGUGACGAGUUUGAAAAGUACAAGCAAUUCCCUGAAUACAAGAUCUUGAAUCGACACAUGACGCUGGAUGAGUUCAAGAAUAUCUUUUACUGGGAAUGGAGCCAUCGUAUGAUUGGACGGUUUAUUGGUGCCGCCUUCAUUUUGCCUGGAUUGUACUUUGCGUCGCGUGGCUACAUGACCCGUCGCGUGGCUAAGCAAACAUUUGGCAUUACAUGUAUGCUUGGUUUCCAGGGCUUUAUGGGAUGGUACAUGGUCAAGUCUGGCUUGAACCAAGCUUUGAUGGAGGAACCGGGCGCUGUUCCGCGCGUGAGUCAAUACCGAUUGACCGCGCACUUGGCAACGGCAUUCAUGAUUUACGCUGCUACAAUUUUCGUUGCAGCCGAUAUUUUGAGACAACACAAGAUUGCUACGGGAACGUAUCCCAAGGAAACAGCUGCCAUGCUGAAUAACCCGGUGUUGCAUCGCUUCCGUCGUUGUGGUCACAUUAUGGGCAGCAUCAUCUUCUUGACGGCCAUGACAGGUGGCCUUGUCGCUGGUUUGGACGCUGGUUUGAUCUAUAAUGAGUUCCCGUUCAUGGGUGAAGGCAUCGUCCCGCCGAAAUCUGAACUGUGGUCAGAUAGUUAUGUAAAGAGCACCGAUAAGGGCAAGUGGCGUAACUUGUUGGAAAACCCUACAACUGUUCAAUUCGAUCAUCGCACUAUGGCCGAAUCGACAGCCGUGCUGACUACGGCUUUAUGGGCAUACUCGAGACGCUUACCAUUGCCGAAGAACGUCCGUAUGGCCAUGAAUACCAUGAUGGGCGCAGUGGUUAUCCAAGUGACAUUGGGUAUCUCAACUCUUAUUUAUAUGGUGCCUAUAGAAUUGGCAGCUGCCCAUCAAGCCGGUGCCCUGGCCCUUUUGACAUCUAAUUUCUGGUUGAUCCAUGCUCUUCGAAAAGUACCUCUCUAG